CGCACACACAAAUGCGCGAAUCGAAUCAGUAUCUAUUUGUGUAAGAAUUCACAGCUCAAGGGCAUACUCUUUAUCUCUUUUCUGAAAAUUCAUUCAAUCAAUUUGAUUUUUUUACAUCACCACUUGUAUUGAAACCAUGUAACGCAUGGGAGAUCAUAUUGUAAUUGUUUUUGUUUUAGUUUUUUUGUUAUUGAAUUUAUCAGAUAGAUUUAACAAUCUUUGAAAAAUUGAGAUUCAAUAAUUCUAUUUUUCAAGAUGUGAAAACAAAGAAAUAUGUUGUUCAAACAGAUGAGUUCUGUAUGGCUCUAAAAAUGGCACUAAAUUUGUUCAUUUUAUCAUAAGAAAAAUGAAUCAAUUCGGAUUUAUGAAAACACCUGAGCUUUUCUUCUAAUUACUAGUAAUAUUAUAUAAUAAUAAAAAGAAUUACAUUGGUAAUCCCGAACUUUUCCGUACCGUUGGCCUGCGUUGUCCCUGUGCAAUAUUUUUUGGGGUCGAUUUGCAUUGUUCGCCUUUCAACCAGCACGGUCUUCGGGCAUUUCACUUGAAGUGUAAACGUGUUCGUAACUGGUUUUGCUUCAACACAUGAUAAUUUCAUUUGCUGAUAAUGAAAGAGUUUUCGCUCCGUACGUUACGUGUAGCGCACGAUUUCAUAUAUUCACAGGUCUUAAUGGGUCAAUCCGAAGUGAUCCUGAUAAAUAUUGAUGAAAUUUUGUUCAUCGGGGAUAAGGCAAGAUGCGUUAACCAUAUUCCCAACAUCAAAUAUGAUAACUGGACCGCGAAAAAAGAUAAACGAUCGUUAGUGGGUGCAUUGCAAUCACAAAACUAUGGUACACCGAUCAAACUAGAAACAAGAGAAGCAAAAUCAUACUCAGUUGCAAUAAACAUCGGUAUUCACAGAUUGAAGGUGAACGGAUCAAUUUCAGAUGGUAAUGAAUUAUGUACCAAUGGUACAGAUUUUCAGUAUUUAUUUUGCCCUGAUAGUAGUAUCAUUUAUUUAUUUUUACACAUUGGAUUUAUUAUUUGGUUUAAUGACGGCAUGAAUACGAUCUACUUAACGUUCACCGGAAAAUAAGCAGUCGCAUGUAGUUUUCGACGACCUGCUUAUUUUGGAAGAGAAAAUUUUGAUUCAAAUGAGUAAUCGCUUGCAUGAAAUGUGUGUCAUUAGAAUAAACAUGGUUGAGCAAAAAUGAUGUGCAAGAGAGAAAGACGGAAUACACACAGGUGUAUGAGACUGCUUUGCUGUCAUUGAGUGAAUGUUCGGCUGGUAAAACGGGUUUUUUUUCUUUUUAAAGGUGAAGUGAAAACCAUCAGAAUAAUCCAUUCGCCUAAACGAAAUAAAAAUUCGAUUUCACUAAAUAAAAUGAUCGUAAAAUAACUGUCGUGAUAAUAUUUACGAUAUUUAUUUAUACAUUUGUUUUUGUUGAGCCGAACACAAUAUCAGAUAGAAAACGAUUUAUCUAAAGAUCGUACAAGAGAGACAACGGGAAAAAACCUUGCACAAAAAGGAAUCUGAGAAUCGAGAUUUCAACUUUAUAGGCCGAGAAACAAGAUUUUUUUAAAAAUAUUAUCUCAAUAUUUUUGAAAUCAUUGUCAUCAGCAAAACCUGAAUCAUAUGCAAAAAAUCGCAAUAAUAUGUUUUGUUAAUCACAGUUUUGUUGGUAUAUAAAAUAAAUCAGCAUAUAAACAAAUCCAAUAUUACAAUAUGAUUCUGUGUACUUUUAUUCGGCUCACAAUUAUGUACGAACUCGUUUCAGAUUCAACUUUGAACUAUUAAGACUGAUUUUGGUUGAACUUAUAAAUACACAAAAGGCACGCUGUAGAGAAGUACUAUUUUUUGCAAACUCUCUGUACUUGCACAAUGAAUGGUUCACAUAUGUUUGACGUAAUAUUUAUCACGUCGUUCAGCAUAAAUUCAUCAGAUUGAAGGUAGGAAUUCAUUUUGAUUUAAUAAUUAAUAAUA